AUGAUCUUCUCAAGACCUACUGCGCUCUUCGCGCUGGUGUCGGGUGCUUAUGCCCAGUCACAGUAUACGUCUACUGCGACUGCUGCCGUAGCUAAGGCGGCUGCCACCGCGCUGACGCUAUCUCCUACAUCGAGUGUCGCCGGUUUAACUUUUGAUCGCUUUGUUCAGAUUUGGCUAGAGAACGAGGAUUACAGUGCGGCUAUCAAGGAUACCAACCUCGCCUAUCUCGCGUCUCUGGGCAUCACACUCACGAAUUAUUAUGCCAUCACCCAUCCUUCUCAGGUAACAGGACCGAAGACUUUUACUUUAUGUCUUCUUGCUCACAUUAUGUCGCAGCCUAACUACGUGGCCGCUGUUGGUGGCAACACCUUCGGGAUCACUGACGAUAAUACGCACUAUAUCUCUUCGAGCACCGAGACAAUAGUUGAUCUCCUGGAGGAUGCUGGCGUCAGCUGGAGUCUGUAUCAGGAGCAUAUGCCUUACUCUGGCUUCGAGGCAAAUUAUGCCAACCAAAAGACUGGUGCAAAUGAUUAUAUGCGCAAGCACAACCCUUUGAUGAGCUAUAACUCGGUUACGUCGGAUACCGACCGUCUUGCUAAAUCGAAAAACUUCACCAUGUUCUAUGAAGACCUGGACAACAACGAGCUGCCUCAAUGGAUGUUCAUCACUCCCAACAUGACCAACGACGGCCACGAUAGUUCGCUCGCCACAGCUGGACUUUGGUCUCGUAACUUUUUGACCCCUCUGCUCGAAAAUGAGAACUUCAAUACUGAUAGCACUUUGAUCAUCCUGACUUUUGAUGAGGGUUUGACGACGGGAACAAACCAAAUCUAUGCUGUCCUUUUGGGUGGUGCGCUCUCAAGCUCGCAGGUUGGUACUACGGACGACACCGCAUACAAUCACUACAGUCUGUUGAAGACCGUGGAGACCAACUGGGACCUGGGCAACCUUGGCGAGAACGAUGUGGAUGCCACUGCAUUCUUCUAG